CAGCUUUCAAUCCAACAGUUCGAUAAAAAGAGUAGUUCUGCUUCUACAUCACCCAAACCAGACGGUAAAUACGAACAGUUGAGAACCAAAUUAGAUUGGAACAUUUCGUUAGUAAUUCCAAUGGGAAUCACCACGAACAAUGUUUCCGCAAGUAAUGACUAAACACCAGUUGCCAUUCGGCGAUCUAAACAAUUCUCACUGCGACUGUUCAGCAAUCCCUAGUUGUCAGUUGGAGUGGAAUCAUAACUUCCACGAGGAUCAAACCACCGUUUUGAGAACUAAUGGCUCAGACGAGGGGUUAAUUACUGAAAUAAAAACUCGGACAACGCACGAUUUGAUUCCGGUGGAAAUCACACAGCUGCACACUGACAAACAUCCAAAGAUUAAAACCCCAAACGGAGAUUUUGAAUAUGUAAAUCUUAAUCUUCAUUUCUGGGAAAGAACGAAAUCGGACGGCGUCAGACACAAAAUGGAGAAAUACAAACCGAACUGCUAUUAUGGAAAGACACAGGACACAGGUGACGAAAACCCAGCUAGUUCUAAAAGCGCCGAUGCUUGCCGCGGAUCGGUUCCAAAUCCAGUUCAUAGUGUCUGUGGGAUAGCUGAGAGUUCAGUAUUUUUCUCAUCAAUCGGAGAAUGGACAAUAGUUGAUCUCAAUCUUCGAGAUUUUGAGAAGGAAGAUGCGAAACGAACACUUUAUUUAAGAAGGAAAUGCACACCUUACAAAGAAGUUGAACCGGAGGGUUUUUGCCUUAUUCUCUGAACAACUUCAAGAAAGGAUGGUUGAAGGGAAAUCCAUCAAUUACAGAGGAGUAUUACGAAACUAUUUUGAACAAACACUCUCAGAUACGAAGCGUAUUUCGUACUGAGAAAUAAUGAAAUAUAAUAGCAUUGUUAAGUUUAUUUUUAUUUAGAAAGUAACUGUAGGAUCAGUCGAAAAUGAAAGAUCGCUUGUUCCUUUUUAAGCAUUUUCGUAAUAGGUUCAUUUUGAGAAUUUUGAGCGAACAAAAGUUGUUACAAAACGCGCAAUCACUUUGUAACUUAGUUCAAAUUGCUUUUUUUUUCCAAAAGCGUAAGAUAUGUUUACAUUUUAACAAAAGUCAAACUUUCAAAAAAGGAAUUUUGAGGAAUGUGAAUUUGUCAUAGUAAUGUACUUUCUAUAAAAAUCUAGAGGUCAGCUUUACAAAUACAGUACAACUGAGUUUGCUUUCCCCUGAGUUGCAUUCCAAAAGAUGACUGGAAGUCAUCUGAGAUGGAUGUAAUCAAAAGCCUGCGUGACAGAAAAUAUGUAAAAAAAACAAUAGCAAAAUAAACAACACCUGUAUCUUUCAA